AUGAACUCUCUCUGGCCCUCGCGGGCCGCCAACGAUGGCGCUGCUGCUGCAAAACAACCACCUCCACCCCCGACCGGUGAUGUUGCAGAUGCCGUCGUUGCUGAUGUCGGCCCGCCCCCGGCCACCGAUGCCGCAAAUCCACCUCCACCUCCUCCAUCUCGACCGCCUCUAGCAAGAAACUCGUCUGCUCCGUUGCCCGGCCCGGCACCCGCGCCCGUCCCUCCGGCCCCGAUGCCCCCUGCGUCCUCCGAUCAGCCGCAACCGACGGAUUCGCUCUCUCUGCUGCAGCUUAGGCGUAUUGUUGCCGAGUUCAGCAGGGGCGAGCCCGUUGCCUACGACUUCGUCUACAAUGACAUGGGAUCUCACGAUGAGGAAAUUGACGAGUGGUUCGUCUACCAAUUCUGGCAAUGGGUACGCCUCAAUGCUGCCCAGAGGGCAUUCGAAUGGCAGUGGCAACACGAGUACAACAUCCAGUCGAGCUGGGAGGAGACGGAAUUCGAGGCAAGGGCAAAGUUCACCCGGGACGCCUUGGAAGGCCUACGAGUCAAAGAGCCAGCUCAGCGGUCAGCCUCUAUCGGGAAACUUCUAUACUUGAUCCUAGGACGGUGGGGCGAUACUUCAACUCCUGCCACUGUUGGAGACCGGAGGUCUGCCGCGAGUGCGACGCAGCUCGAGGCCAUUAGAUCAAGUAUCACGUUCCUUACAGAGUUAGACGGUGUCGCUGCUGUUUGGGUUGCUGUCCAAGACUGUUUCGACGUUUUCUGGUCCGAUGAUCCCCGACUUGUGCAGCCAGGCGGCGCUCAGGAGGCCCAGGACGAGCUCAUCAACUUGAUGACCAUCAUGUAUGUCGUUAUACAAGAAGUACUGAGCUUUCCCAAGGAGCUUGAAACUACAAGAAACAACCUUCUUUCCUUGAAGCCUGGUCUGGUUGAUUUCAUGUCCAUGGCGACUGCCAAACUGCGCUGGGACGACCAAAACUUGAUGCCUUCGAGUCAGAUUUUCCUGCUGUAUUGGAAAUCCAUCCUCCUGGUCUUAGGUGGGACGCAAGAGAUCGACGAAGCCAAAAAGGCCACAGCGGAAUCGCCCAACGCCAAGUCGAAGGAUAUAAUCACAGCAUCACCACUAGACUACCAUGUCUUUCGACAGGAGCUUACUUCCAAGUAUCCCGCAUAUGUUCCACCCCGCACACUUAUUCCCCUCGAGCCAGAGAACACAACAUUACUUCCCCCUCUACCGAAUCAACCUACCAGGAAUAGCGCUACUACUGGAAUUCUGCCUGGCCCUUCAAACACCCAGAGCGGUGGAGCUUCCAUUCUACACCAACCCGUGCACAUUGCAACGCCAGCACCGUCACCGCCGCCGUCUCCUGGAGUCGGGGGCAAAGGCGGCAAGAAGCAAAAUUACCAGACAAAUCAGAAUUUUCCGUUCAUGUAUCCACCUCUGGAUGCUACCAGCAAUAGUGCUGGUGGUAAGGGUGGUGCUGGUCUACAAGAACAGCUUGUAGGACGCAAAUGGGAAGGCAGUGACAUCCCCGCGUCCAUCCUUGAGGCAGGAGAGCUAUUCUCCAAGCGAGUCCGAAUGACGCGUGCUACGCGACAGCUCUGGGAAGAGCGCGAGAGCUUCUUGAAGUUUGAGAGAGGUUGGGAGACGGAUAACAGCGACAGCGAUGUCGAUGAGCUCGAUCUCGACGGGCUCACCCUCGAAGAGAAGCAAGAAAUCGCUGCACUGAAAGCGGAGACGAAAGCAGAGGAGCGUAGAGAGGCAGGCUUCACGAUAAAGGAGCCGGAAAUUGACUGUGGUCCAACUGGCCACGUCAGCGAUGAGGUCAAGCGACGUCUGCUCGCCGUUGAGAGCUUUUACAAAGAGUCGCUGCCUCAUCUGCAAUCUCUCGUGAUUGUGCUUUUGAGGCCAAUCCUUAUGAACGUCACAGCCGUUCUGGCGCAGCCUGCCCCUCCUCAACAACAUCCGGGCAUGGCUGGCAGAGGCGCCAAUGGCAUGGUUAACGGCGGUCCCGGGCCCAACAGACAACAGCCUCAAGAUCCGUCAUCGGCAACUUCAGGUGGCCCUCCUGAACUUCCAGAGAUGUCUCCCGAGGAAGUGGAUGCUGCUAGAUCCAGAGAAAUCACAACAAAGGCCAUCACAGGAAUUCUCCUCCUCUUACUGAAAUGGCUCAGGGUUUCCCACAUUCUCAAGUUCGAGUACAUGACACAGCUUCUGCUUGACUCAAACUAUCUGCCGCUGGUCCUUAAGCUGUUUGCCCACCAAGACGUUCAGCAGGUGGUAGAUAGCAAGACCGAUCGGCUAGAGAACAGGUGGAGUGCCCCCAUUGUCAGGAUUGUCAAGCAAGCUAACCCUGCAUUUAGUUUCUUCCAUUUCUGCAACCUGCGCUCGAAGCAUAAGGAUAAGCCGCCUGCUCAACCAGAGGCAGAGGAAGAAAGCGAAGACGAAGCAGCGCCGCCGCCCAUUAAGAGAAGACGGUCGCCGCCCCGGCCAGCCGUGGCCGUACCUCAUCAAGGGGAUGAGAACUCCCAGCUCGAGGGCCACGCCGCGGCCCGACCCGAGGUCGACGAGCUCGGAUAUCCCAUCAACGAUCUCCCAGCUGAACCCAUCACCGACUUCUCGAGAAGGAAUUUCUUCUCCCUCAUCAACUACCUCCGCAUCAUGCAAAAGAUCUGCAAGCACAAGGCACACAGGAACCUGCUCCUGGUGCAAUAUAAGUCAGCCAACAUCCUCCGCAAGUCCCUGAAGGUCCCUCAACCCGAACUCCGGCUUUACACCCUGAAGCUGUUCAAGAACCAAGUACCCUACUGCGGCCGUAAGUGGCGGCAGAGCAACAUGCGAGUCAUCACGGCGGUAUACCUUCAUUGCCGGCCCGAGCUGCGCGACGAGUGGCUCGCCGGCAGCGACGUCGAUGCCGAGGUCGAUUCGGCGCUUCCGCUGGAGCAAGCCCUGCGCAGCUUGACGCACUGGUUCAAUGUGCGCAGAUACCCGGACAAGAUUGCGGUCGAGCUGCGGGCCGCGCUCCGCGAGGAGCAGGAUUUCUUUACGAGGGAGCUGGAGAAGCUUGACAUGAACUGGGCGGACGUCGGGAGCGAUGAGGGCGUAAACAGUGAGUGGGAGCACGAGGCGGCCGGGUGGCCAUGA